GCAUGGGGUACAAAGGUAAAAGGCCGGUUGUCUCUUGCGGGAGUGGCUACCCACGGCUAAGCCCCUCUUUGCCGCCCGGGGUCACCCUAUAGGACCGGACCUGCGCGUACUCCCGGGCUCGAGGCUGACAAGAAACGGUGAGCACGCAAUUGGCAUCAUGAAUUGCGACGGCCAAACCACGCCUCGACUGCUGGCCCUGACAGACACAUCACUGUCGGAUCGAUCGAUGAUAUCAAAUAAAACACCUGGUGAUGAUUUUCCACAGCCUUAUCCUCGCUUCCGAUGGAUGAUGCAUUUUGAGGGGGAAACGCUCCCCCCAAAGAGUGACCUGACCGACCGUCAAAAAUCUGCGGGCGUCUCCGAAACUGGCCGACAGUAUCCAUUUCGGGAGUUGGCGUGCCCGACAUCGCUGAUAACACUCUGUUUCGCCCUGCAACGUCUGCCUGACUGCACACAAUGGGCGGGCACCCGUGGCUGCAGUCAAAGGCCUGGCAGUCAAAGGACCUGACAGUCAUUGGCGCCAGCAACCAGCAGCGAACAGCCUUCCGCCAAACAUGCUCAUCCCGCCCCCGCCCCGCCUGCCUCCCCGUGACCUGACCCAUAAAUGUCGCUGCUCACACUCGAGAGCCCCCUUUCCCUCCGGAUACUCGAAAUGCCCGCGCAUGUCCCCCUCCCGCCAUCUGGUCCCCACCCGCUUCAGCCGUCAGUUGCCUCCAAAGCAUCAUUAGCCAUCGGGACACUUGUCUCGGGCCAUCACCUUUCCAUCCUCAGCAACAUCUUCAUCCUGAUCAUCGUCGUGUUCAUCGUCGUGUUCUCGCCGUACAAGUUUUUGCGUCGCCCGUCUGCAGACUCUUCCAGCCUGGCCUGUCAUCGUGACUAUCGUCUGUCUUUUGUUGUAUUGCUCGCGUUAUCGCCAUCAUGGCCGUCGGAAUAGCCUCGUAUCACGCCCAGCCGUCCACAGUUGCUCCUUCGCAGCCUACUAGCCAUCACUUCGAGGACCUCGUGCAGGCUCUCAAGGAUGCACUGGGCCCCUCGUCGGGCCUUGACUCUAAGGACGUCGACCUCAACUCCAUCAUGGACCUCAUGAAGGAUUACGACGCCAAAGAAAACGGUUGGGUGCCAUUCGCCAUCGCCGAUGCGGACCUUCCCUAUACCAGAAACCUUGUCGACGAGGGCAAUGGGAAGAGCAACCUGCUGGUCCUCGUAUGGACACCCGGUAAAGGCAGCCCUAUCCACGAUCAUGGCAACGCGCACUGCGUCAUGAAGAUUCUUCGCGGCAGCCUCACGGAAACGCGAUACGAGUUCCCCGACUCGGAUCGGGCACAGCCCAUGCGCGUGUUGACGGAGCGAACAUCGAAGGAGAAUGACGUGGAAUACAUGGCCGACGAGCUGGGCCUGCACAAGGUAGAGAACAGAGGCAGUGACUAUGCCGUCUCCCUACACUUAUACACACCGCCCAACGUUGCCAGAUCAGGCUGCAACACCUUCAACCCGAUCACGGGUGAGAAGAAACAUGUGGCCAAGUGCGGCUACUACUCCAAAUACAAGCAGAGAGUGAAUGAGAAGUAGAACCGACCUCUUUCGACGGGGCUGGGUCACCGCUUGGUGGGGCCAGGCCCGGUUGGACGUCGCAGCCUCGUGUGCUGGCGCAUGAUUUUGAGCACUCGCUCAUGCAACAUCGCCAGGAGGCCCCGUGUUUUGGCAAGACUGCAUGUGUGACUUUCGCGGGCCUUCCAGGCCAGAUUGAAUCUCAGGCAUCUCGGUAUCGGCGUUUGGGAUCAUAGCUGAUGGAUUUGUUGUUUGCCUUUGGAAAUGCGUUGCUGGAUAUUUUGGAAGACAUAUUGGCGAGGGCUUUGGAACCAUGAGAGUGGAGCGUUCUUGGAGAUGUAGUCAUGAAUAGCGCAGUCAGCACUGAAUCAGAGCGAAAUGUUGCGCAC